AUGGGGUGGUCAAAAAUUAUUUCACCUUGUUCACGGGCACGAGAAUUUUCAGAGGAUCUUUUUGUAAAUAAUAAUAAACUUUUUUGCAAGUUUUGUAAUAUAAGUAUUGGCUGGCAAAAUAAAACCACUAUUACUACAUAUAUAAAUUCAAAAGCUUACAAAGAUUCCUGCCGUUCAUAUGUUGUUGCCAAUCGUAAUGACCGUCAACAGUCUUUUCAUGCCACAAUGGUGAUCGCAGAUGGGAGAAAACAAAUAAUUCAUAAUUUAGGUGGUUCUAUUCCUUUAGCUGAUAGUAUUCGAAAACAUCAUUUAAGUGGUAUUUUUGAGCAACAUUAUGAACAACUUCGUGAAAUAUUUUGUGUUGAUUUUAUAUCUCAAGUGAAUAAUGUUACAGUAGGUCAAUUAGUUCUUAAAACUUUAGUUAAAUGCGAGAUACCUUUUACCUAUCCAUAUCUUAUUGUAUCAGAUUCAGCAGCUUAUAUGAAAAAAUCUGUUAGAGAAAUUUUACAACCCGUAAUGCCACAAAUUCGACAUAAUACAUAUUGUGCACAUAUUAUUCAAUUAAUAAG